AUGGCUUCCAUCAGCCCCGUCAGAGUCGCCGGCACUGUUGCCGCCUUAGCUGCCACCGGUUUCCUCGGUUACGCCGUCUACUUCGACUACCAGCGAAGGAACUCGGCUACCUUCAGAAAAAGCCUUAAGAAGCAAGAGAAGAAGCUUGCUGCCGUUGCCGAGGCUGACGCCAAGCAGCAAAAGGAGAAGGACAACCUCGCUCUCAGGGAAGGUUUCCUUAGGACCCAGCUGGAGCCCGUUCCCAGCUCUCCCGACCAACAAGAGGCCUACUUUGCUGAACAGGCCAACAGCGGUGAACUCGCCAUUGCCAAGGGUCCCGAGCACUACGUCGAGGCGGCUUUGCACUUCUUCAAAGCUUUGAGAGUCUACCACUCUCCUGGAGAGCUGCUUGCUGUCUACCAGCGAGUCUGCCCUCCCGAGGUCCUCGAAAUGGUUGUUCGCUUGAUCGGUCUUUCUCAGGGCGUCGCCUCCUCUCUCGAGACUCCUGAGCGUGAGCCCGCCAGCGUCAACGACAUUGACGACACUCCUUCUGCCUCCGCACAGGCUAAGGCCGUGGAAGAGGCCAAGGCCGCCGCUACUGCCGCUGUAGCUGAGGCUGUUGCCGAGAGCGAGAAGGAGAAGGAGGAAGAGAAGAAGGAAGAGGAGGAGGUGUCGAGCCCCAAGACUGCCAGCCAGGGAAGCGGUGCCGAAUGGGAGAACGUGAACGAGAAGCCCGAGGAAGAGUCUGCCUAA